AUGUCGACGCCAUCCCACUCUCCCACCGGCGAACGGACGAUCAGCGUGGCGAUCGUCGACGACGAUUCCGGAGUGCGCGAAGGUUUGGCUUAUCUAAUCGGCGGUAGUCCGGGACUCGCCUGCGUCGGCACCUAUCCCACCGCCGAAGCGUUCCUCGCCGCGCCCCGGACACCGGACGUGGUCUUGAUGGACAUCGACCUGCCGGGUUUGAACGGCAUCGAAGCCGUGCGACGGCUGAAACAAAACCCAAGCCCACCCCUGGCGAUCAUGCUCACCGUCUACGAAGACGACGAGCAGAUCUUCGACAGCUUGCGGGCCGGGGCUUGCGGUUAUCUGCUCAAAACCACCCCACCGGCCGAGCUGGUGGAAGCCAUCAC